AGUUGCUGCAAAUCUGGUUACUGCCGGCGUGGCCAAGAUUCUGUAUUUCUAGUGUUGAUGUGUGGUCGUAUGAGUAAAAAGUAGCUCGUAGAAACAACGCAACCAGCUGCAGAUGACUCCAAUUUUAGCGACCAGAACCGCAUGAAGCACUGCUACCAUCCGGGUCAGCGGGAUUUUCAUUUUUCCGCACUACUUGCAAGCAUAACCAUAAGAUAAAGAGCCUCGCUCCUUUUAUGUUCGCAUGAUGAGGUACUAAUUUAUUUCCAUGUAUGAUCUGCAACGCUUUGGGCUUGUUGAAGAUCUUUUCUGUGGGGGCCUCAGCAGAUCAACUUCGUGGUUCCUCACUACCACGUAUGCGAACGAGCGAGUUCCACGUGUGCUAAAAAUGUAUGAUGGUGUCCUUUCCACGACCCAGAGGACGAAGAUAAAAAUGAGGCGGCAGAACCAGAAGAUGUUUGGUUGACAUGCUGGACUCUGCUUCAGCACCACCAGUGACGAAAGCAGAAGUGACAUGGCAAGCGUAAGAGGCGACAUUCUGCCGAGCAACCAGACGAACCACAGUCGUCAUCCAGAAGAAGAUAAGCGAGCAUCUAGGACGAGCUGGAGACCCUCACCCUCAGGUGGAAGCAGGUCUUUUCGAAACGUUCCCACUCCGGCGCGGCUGCUUCAGCAGCAGCAGGAGCAUGACCUGCAGCGGCCAGUAGGCACUUCUGCUUCUACCCUUCCCAGCUAUCCUGAAAGUUACGGCCGCCCCCCAGAUCCACCUGGAUCUUCCGCUAGGAACUGUGUGGUUCCGGAAGAACAGGAAAGGGAAACGCGUCAACGUAGCAUUUUUGUCAACAGUUGUACUCGGAGCGAGGCGGGCCGCGAGCGCGGGGUUCUUGCAGUGGCGGAGUCUCCUUUGUCUCCCUCUGCUUUGUACUGUCACGGCGGAGUGCAGCAGCUAUCCUGGCAAAAAAAUCCAAACGCGGCAGAAGAUAGACUGGACGACAUUGGCGUUGCCGCAGGAGACGAACUGCAGGACCUGCAGAUAAUAAACCCGAAUCAUACAACAACAAGGCGCACGGGCACGGGGCGCAGCUGCGCGUCACGAGAAAAUUACUCGCAGGAAAACCAGGAAGACACGGGACGAGCUAUAGCCGGCUGCAACACCGACGAGUUGUUGAGUUUGGAAGGCGCGAUUGACACUCCUGUUGUUGAACAAGAAGACCAACGCGACGAAAGCACUAUGACGGAGCUCUACUAUCCAGACUUGUCUGAUGACAAUUGGCUGCUGAUCUUCGCCUUCCUACGCCCGGAUGAGCUGGGCGGAAUCGUGCCGCCGGUGUGCAUAUGCAUUGCAAAAGUAACGGCCGAGUGAAGAUUGCAUAUACAACAUAUACUUGUACAAACUUAAACUUUCUGAAGAGCAAAACUCAACAUGUAGUGGUGAUUUGCCUAAGAAAGAUGUAGUAGCAGUACAUGUGGUUGUCUUUGCCAUGUAUGGUUGCAAUGAGUACGAGCGCGAUACUUUUGUGCAGGAUAGUGCAAGCGUUUCCUGGAACUCGCCUACGCCCCUCACCUCUGGGUGGAUUGCGUGCGCAUUACUUACAAUCGCGUCAUUCCGCGAAAGGACCAGAACACGGCCAAAGGGGAGCUGGAAAAGAUCAUCACGCAAAACUUCUUCCAGUACAAUAACUUUUUGUUUUUUCCUGUGGAAAGACGCAUUCGAAUUUGCAUGUGACUUCACUAGUACAUCAGCACAAUAAUACAUCAUCAUCAACAUCGUGAUGCAUGCGAUUAAACGUGAUGGACGAUACUGAUACACAGACAUUUUUUCUUUGGUCUCUACCACGGCGCGCGCGAGCGUCGCGUUUCUAUCUUCCCAUUAUGACCAGGAUGAAGAGAAAAAUAACACUCUCCAGGAACUUCGUCCAACAGCACGAUGAGCACCUUCCGAAAUCUGCCGAGUGCGUGUUUUCGCAUAUUGUGCGCAGCUGGUUUUACACCAGCAAAUGCAGCGAGCGGCAGACUUUACUUGUGGAAGCUCCGUUGCCCGACGCCGACGGCAUGGCGCACGCCACGGUGUGAACAAAUUGCUUAUACUUGGCAACGUGUUAGCAACAUUUAGCUAUAGAUACUAGAUGCAAUUCGCUUGGGGCGAAGAUGCUGGUUCUGUGUCCCGUCCUUGUUGUUGCAUGAGCAGCUUCAUCUCUAGGCUUUUUUUCUUAGAGUAGCUCUUCAUGCAGGGUCGAUUUUUCUGCAUGUCGUCACUAAGCUAAGUUCUUGUCAACAUCAUAACUACAAUAGGUUCGGUACCUGUGCCACCCAUUUCUGCACGACAACCAUGUGAUGAAGGUAGCACUAGUCGCUGACCGCCGAAACGUGGUCUUCAUCUUCCGGCGUGUUCCCUUUUUGCUGUCCACUCUGCUGAAGGAGCAAGCCACGAAGGAGCUCCGGGCUGCGCAGCUGCAGCGUUUGCAUAAGGAGACGGUACCGGCACACCAGAGUUGUAUUGUGGAAGCUACAGAGGUUGGCGGGGGUGCUGCUCCAGCUGCUGUCGUCGAGGAAAUUGAAGUCCUUGUCCGGGACCGGGACGAUGAUGGUGAUGGCGAGGAAGGGCAAUCGGAAAAUCAUGUCCUGCAGCGAGUACAAACGCACCUGCCCAACAAUCAUGCAGUGCCCGACGUCGAGCAGCAAAACAUGGUCAUGGACGAGGACCACGUGCAAUUGGGUGCUGGUGCAGCAGGCGCGCUGGAGGUUGUGCCCGAGCGUCUUAGAGUGCAUCACAUUGACCUGGCGGCGCGGGAGCAAGAACUGCAGACCGAAAGGAAUCUUCUGCCGCAGGAGAAUGUGGUUGUGUGGGAUUUCGCACCAGGUGAACACCAUAGAGGAGACGAGCAAGACGACACUCUUGAGGCAAUGGACACAGAUAUGCAGUAUUAUUGUCUGUUUGCUUUUUUGUCAAUUCCGAUUGUACACAUGCGUAGGCACAGGGGAGAAAUGAAUGUUGAGCUGGAGCUCCACCGUAGUUUUAUUUCGGAGAAGUGGACGAGGGUUUGUUUCGUCUUUCUUUUUUCUCAAGACCAACAAGUGCAGGGGUUCAUCUUCAUCAUCUACUGAAAAUGGAAAUGAAAAUGUUUGAUAGGGUGGAUCUUCUACCGUCAAGAAUUGCGGCGCCUGCUUCUAGUGCAAGCCAUGUCGAUCACCCUCAGCACCCACCACUGCUACUACCUUCUAUGGCGGGCUCAUCCUCGUCCUCUUCCUCCUCGAGCUCCUCUGAUAGUUUCCCUGCCACUACCACAACUGCCGGCGGGGGAGGCGGGCUGCUGAAGCGGGGCAGCGCCGCUUCCCGAGCGGCGGCUCGAGGCAAAGCCAACCACAACGCUGGAGUCGACGCUAGUGGACCAGCAGCCGACGCUGGUGGUGCGGCUUCCGCUCGGUCGUCCUCCUCAUCGUCUUCAUCACUCUUUCUGAAGCUCAACACGCUAUCGAACUCCAGCACGGUGUCGACAGCAGCUCCAAACACGAGCAUUCCACCCGGAGACCAAGGCACCUCGGAAGGCGGGUUGCUGGUAUCUUCUAACACUACUUCUUGCACCAGCUCAACGACAUCAUCUUCGGGGGAAGUUCCUCUUGCCGCAGCCUCAAGUUCAUCGUCUUCUUCAAAAAUGCCGCCGCCAAAUAAGUGCGGGGAAGCUACAACUGCACCAACUGCUCUUGCCCAAACUGCGAAUAACACCGGCGUUAACAUUGCAGAUCCCGAUCCGCGGUUGGCAGCCGAGCAGGCUGCCGCGCGAAACAAGGCGAGAGAUUGGGUAGUGUCCAGCAACCCAGCGGCGGCCCCGGCGACUGCACACGACCUGCCACGACACCAGGGCGGUUCCGGUGCUCUCCUGGCUCCCGGAUCUGCCGGAGGCGCGGCUGGUGGGGGAGCUGAGACAUCAUCUUUGUCCUCCUCGUCCUCAUCGUCCCAACAAGCGAAAAAUACUGUGGGGCGGGACCUCCGAUGCCACGACAAGCAGCGGCAGGCCGCAGCCCGAGGCUACGACUUUCAGCGCAACGUACACUUGGAAGAUGAUGUUGAACAACAAGCGGCCGAGCCUGGCCCAGAAGAUGUGAACAACGCCCGGAAGCACGGGCUGACGCCGCGUACGAUUAAGGUCAUGAUGUGGGACGUGCUUUUGCUGCUGCACCGCUUGCACUCGACCGGGAAUGGGCACGGAAACCUGGACGCCAGCAAGGUUGUGCUCGAUGAGACGACUGGGCGUAUCCUGAGCAAAAACAAGUUCCUAGACGGUGAUGUUGAGAAAUUGCCAACACAAGGAACAACUCGGAAGAUGUUUGUUCUGAGGCUUGACGAACCUGGAAGGAUCUUCAGAUUUCGUGCCUCGCUGCAGCUAGUGUAGCCGCAGCACAGAUCCGGAUCCUCAUAUAGAGAAUAACAAUAAUGAAGUAGAAUUUGUUUCAUCGCUUCCAAACUAAAUACACGAGAGGACGACUAGAACAAGAGCCGCAUGAGAAACAUCAUGAGCAUGCCCAAAUUUACAUGACAAGCUUGAAAAGGGGACGUCGUUACUCAGGAUAGGGAGCCCCAUCGAGCUACUGGAUUUUUUUUUCGGGUACGGGAUUCAGGAAAAACCGUCCGAGAAGCUGUCCCACGAUCGGGAAAACUUUUAUGGCGCUCUCAAAUUUUAAUGUUCCAUCGAUCGCUCUUCCUUGAUGGUGAUUCCGUGGUGCUUUGUUAUGCAAGAACAGCAAAACGUAAACGAAAGGCAAAAGAAACGAAAAGCAGAAGAGACAACAAGAAGCUUUCGCUGCUUGUGCUUGCAUCUGCAUCACAAAUUUGGCACGGAUUUGAGUGCCAGAUUGCGCUUCAGGAUGAAUUUGUCAUGCGAGCCACGACCUCCUGGCCCUGGGUCAUGCAUAGGUAGCCACAGGUGCUUGUGCUUCGCACAACAAAUCCGGCCAAAGUCCUGGAACAGCGAUCAAUGUAACGUUUGAGUGUGCCAUAAUUUAGGCAUCUCCUACGUGAAAAAACCGCCAGAGGCGCUUUUACUACCUUCUCAAGGGGAGCCAGGAGCGACUGCGCCUGUCGAACGUGCUACCAGAACGCCGGCAGACGCAGAAGUCGUACAGUGAUCUACUUGUUAGACUGCUGCUUUUUUUGAUUUUACAUAUAGAAAUUUUUGGAAAUGAUUUUGCAAGUACUAAGUACUCACGCGCACCAGCAGAAGUUGGUGAUCGACAUCUACGUUGAUGCUUUCGGAUUCAAACAACUCGAUGUAUGAGCGUGCGACGCAUAAUUUUCAGUGACUGAGUAGCUUUGCUAGCUUUUGAAUGUUCUAUUUUUGGUUCUCUCACAGGAUGAGGUACAAGAUCCUGACUACUCCUGUUCUCUUGCUGUUCGCACGAAAAAAAAAAAUAUCUUCACAGCAAGUACGUGGUCCUCCGGCUUCCACGUUGAUGGAACGAGCAAAUAAGACGGCAGGGGUCACAGUUGAUGCAGCAGCUUCGUCGUCUGGAUCAUCUACAACAUCCGGGGCUGAGACCACAGCAAACCCAAAAGAUACGGUCCCGAAAGGCACCUGCUUCCAUAUGAACUCGGCGAUCACCGGCACGAGCGCGAGUGCCUCGUCUACCGCGCGUCCCCCGCCUUCUAUGGGAGUGUCAGGAUCGAAAUCGUCAGAGUUGAAGUAAUUUGUGAUGCGUAAAACGGAUACCAGUUGGCGCCUAGUUUUUAAUUGGCGCAUGACAAAUUUUCCUGGCUUCUAGAGCAAGUCUGUCAUGCUGUUUCGGGCAAAAGGACUCCCCUCUGUCAUGCUAAUCAGCAACCCAAUUCUGGACCCUUGCCAGCACUACAAUCUGCCUCCCUUGCGUCCUCUGCAAUAGAGACAGUCUCUGAGUUGCAUUUUAUGCAUGACAAAUCAUUUCAACUUUGUCGAUUUCAAACCUGACGCUUCCAUACCGCCGCGGUCGCCCAGCCGCCCGCUGUUCGACAGCGACCUGUGGCAGUGCGGGCUGCUGUUGGGGACCCUAUCAAAUGUAAAAGUGUCUGGGUCUGGAAGAUUGCAACUUGUCAUGCUAAAUCUGCAGCAUGCAAAAAUCUGUGUUGCAUGAUUACCAAAAGUCGUCUAGUUUUGACCAAGUCGGGAGGUAGUUUCUCACGCAGGAUAGGCAUUAGAAAGGUCGCGCAGAAUCUGUCAUGCUAGGUCCUGCAUUCCAGACCUCAUGGGUCAUGGAAAAGCAGCAUGACAAAUCGCGCAUUCUUCCAGACCCAGACAUUUUUACAUUUGAUAGACCCUGUGCAUGAACAAGAUCGGCUGCUCAUGGGUAUCCCACUGGCUGCCGCAAAACCUCGGUAGUUUGGUGUUGGACAGCGAAGUGAGUUGGGUGUACCAGCUGUUCGGGCUGUUGGGUACCCCGAUUGAGUGGGACGUGGUGCGAGGCCGCGACUUCCCUUUCUGGCGGCCCUGCAAACUCUUUUCCUUUCGCGACGAGGAGCUCGCCUUGCCGAGAAAGCAGCUCCGAGCCCGGUACAACGCGGAACAGGUGCGGUUUUUGGCGAACAUUGGCGGCGAGAAAGGGGUGCGGCUGCUCCGGGCGCUGCUGACCAUGGACCCAAAGAAGCGCAUGCAGAUUCAGGAGGCGCUGGCCCACGAGUACUUCGACGCCAUACGAGGGGAUGUGGAUCCGGAAAACAUCUGGAAAAAGUACAACGCAUCUCCGGCCGACACGUGCUGGAGUGGGAGAAACGCAAGGAACUACGCCAUAGCGACAGCCGGGGCGCCCUACCACAAUGAUGCGGGCGGAGGAGCACUAGUACCGCUAGUACCGCAAGACCCAGCCAGCAACACUGCGGUGAUCUACUCGCAAGCAACACUUCAAAAUUAUUAUAUGCAGCCCAAUCCCGCAUGGCUGCCGUCGGAGCGGCUGGAUGCCGUACCGCAAUGGCGCACACGACAGAGCUUCUGGGCUGCGCACGCGAAGCUACGGGACUUUGAGCGGUUCAGCCCAGAUUUGCCGAUGGACUUCAAGAGGCCGUUCGCGCCUCCAAGGACGAGAGCAAGAAGCUUAUCUGCGAAAUCGUCCACCUCAUGCGAAGAAGAUACAACUUUUAGAUCCAAGGGUUCUAGUACAGGAACGACCAAGUCUUGUUCAAGUAGAGCGGUCGUGCCAGGAGGAGGUGUAAAACACGGAUGUCGAGGUAAAGAAGAAUCACCCCUCUUCAAAGAAGAUGAGCAAGAGUUUGACUACUACGGUGUUGCAGCGAGGAAGUAUUUGUUUGAAACGGAGCGGCUUUUUUUGAAGGAGAAGAUGGUCAUGUACGAGAAUCAGAAGGACAUAACGGUGGAGAUGCGCUCCGUGCUGGUCGACUGGCUGAUUGAAGUUCAUCACAAAUUCAAGUUCGAAUGGAUAUCCACGCUGUUCCUGGCCAUCCAAAUCCUGGACCGGUUUCUCAACCACCACGCUUUGCAGUCCCGCAAGAAGCUGCAGCUCGUCGGCCUGGCGUGCCUGCUCAUCGCGAGCAAGGUAGAGGAAACGAGGCCGGCGAUUGUCGAUGAACUCGGUAUUAUAAAUAUUUAUACCAAAUAAACCACCUAAAAGAGGUAGAGGUAAAGCAAAAGCAAAACAACUUUGAAGUCACCAUUGAAGAUGAAUACGGUGAUACAUAGAUGCUAGUUUUCUUUCUGUCCUUUGCUUGGCUCUGGAUAGUAUUGUUGUGAUUGAGUAAGAGUAACUACUACAAAAAAAAAUGCAACUCAGGUUUCAUUUGCGAACACACGUACACCGAGGAUAACAUCCGACAAAUGGAGUUUGAUGUACUGGUAUCAAAUGUAAAAAUGUCUGGGUCUGGAAGGUUGCAACUUGUGAUGCUGUCUUUGGAAGGUAAAAAAAAUCUGUAUUGCAUGACCAGCAAGAGGAGUUCAGUUUGUGCUACGCGGAGUGGGCGUUUCUCAUGCGGAAUACGCAUCAGAAGGCCCUUUAAAAAUCUGUGAUGCUCGGCCAUGCAUUACAGGCAUCAUGGGUUAUGCAAAAUAUGCAUGACAAGCCUGGCAAUCUUCCAGAUCCAGACCCAGACACUUUUACACUUGAUAACUGGCCACCCUGCUGAAAUACGGUUACGUGCUGCGCGCACCCACCGCAGUGUCAUUUCUCCAGAUUUUCAAGGAAGAGCAGCAAGAGGAGCUUUUGACAGUUCGGAACCUCCGCCCAAGCGUCGAACAACAGCGGAAGUUGACUUCUAGUCCAAACAAGAACUACCUACUUCCAGAAGAUGAAGACAUCGACCUACUAACGAACAACGAGCAAGAGCCCGCCGAGGUUGUGUCUCUUGCUCCUGCUUCCGGAGAUGAAAGCGAUGGACUACAAAAACAAAGGAUAUCAACAACGAGUCUGCCAAGGACCGCGACAGGGCGACCUGUGGCAACAUCACGAUCUUCAAGAACGGUUCCCGUUUGGGCAGAAUUUUACCUGCCAAGUGCUACCCCUAAGAAGGACAGAUUGCUUGUGUCCAUUUCGCGCACGGGUUUCGUCGACAUGCUGUCCAAACCUCAGGACAACAUCAAGGUCGACUCGCAGGGCCUGGCCCUUUUCGUCCUCAGAAAUUUGAUCGCCAGUUACCUGCUGGAGCUCACGAUCUUGGAAGUCGACUACUUGUUAGAGUUGCCCAGCCUGCUAGCGCAUGCGGUGCUCCACUGCGCCGAAGUGGUACAUCUACACACUGCACUUAUAAUGGUUUAGUAUGCAUGUAAAUGUAUGGAGCUGGAGUUAGUUUCACUAUUGUUAUUUUUCUCAGUCAAACUCUCGGUCGAUGAGCAUGAGCUACAUCAACAAUUACAACUCCAUCAGCUGGUUCGGCAAAUCCAGCACCAUGACGGGGAGUACACAGGACCAGCGAACGCGAGCGCUAUCCUCGACCAGCUCGAGUUUCCACAGGACGCGCAUUCAAGAUCGCUGGUAUCGUUGUUCGUCUCUUUCUACCAUUGCUGCAGUGAGUACACAUCAAAAUUACUGCUUUCAUUUGCAAUUCAGAUGACAUGCUGAUGCUGGAUUUAGGUUUCGGUUUUUUCGGUUUUUUUACAUGUAGAACUCGUUCUUCUUUUUUUUGUGGGAUUUAUGGUGUGCAGGAGCAAAACAGAGACUCCUCGCAGGUAGUCCUGAGUGCGCACACGCGCACAGCGCUAUGAGCCCACUGCGCGUUAUUUCAGCACUUCAUUUAUCCACUCAUUGUGAAGAUAGUGUCGUCUUCAUCACCAGGUCCGCAACUUGUACCAGCUUGCGUCCGUGCCCCCGAAAGAGUUCGUACCCCGAAACCGCGAAGGGCAGCCUAUUCGCCAGCCGACAGAGAUGUUAUCAAAUGUAAAAAUGUAGUCUGGGUCUGGAAGGAGGCAAGGUUUGUCAUGCGCAUUUUUUUUUUUUUUUAUUGGCUCGCAAAUUUUUCAUCAUUCACUAUCUAAUUUUUUGCGCGAGCGGGUGCGAUCUCUGAAAUGUGAAGAGUGUAGCACAAUUCACAUACCAGGUUACGCGGGUAUACGGCAUUUUUUCCCGAUUUGUACCUUUUCGGCUCUCGUCCUCUGGUCCUGCACUUCGUUGUCGAUCCCUGUUUAGUUCCCUCACCCACUCUGCUGGCAAGACAGAAAAAAAAGACGUAGCCCCUGUCAGAUUAAUUAAGCAGGAAGAAGCCCACACAAAAAAUUCCCUCAUCUACCUAGGGGCGACUAGGCAGAUGGGGUGCGCCGAAGCAGGAAGGGGAUGUUUCUAGUUGCAAUGAGUUUACUCGGGAAAAGCAUGAGGGUAUUUUGGCGGGGUCCGCUAAAAAUAUCGCAAAAGCGGCAAUUGCAAUAAAAUCAGCUCUACUUCUACUCGACGGCAAGCUAGUAAGGGGCACAGCAUAGACUAGAAAAACUACUGGAUCUUUCACGAUACGGAUCCCGCCCCGCAAUGCGUGGGUCCUUUUGCUUGUACGAUACGGAUCUUCGUGAUCUUUCUCUUUCUUUAUAGGUCAGCAUUGCAACAGGGGCCACUCUCCCCUGUGCAUGCUACCUUUUUAUCUAUCAGUGCUCCCCAACUUAUAUCCCGCCGGUUUGUCAUGCACAUUUUGCGUGACUCCUGAUGUCUGCGAUGCAUGCCCUAGCAUCACAGAUCUUGUGAGGGCUUUCUGAUGCCUAUACCGCAUGAGAAAUGCCAUCUCGCCGUGGCCAAAACCAGACCUCUUUUGCUGUUCAUGCAAUACAGAUUUUCAUUUUUGGAUAAUGCAGACGCAGUAUCAACACAAGUUGCAUUCUUCCAGACCCAGACAUUUUUGCAUUUGAUAGAUGUGUGCGGUGCACAAGAAGUACUCGCUGCCCCAGUUUGCCCAGGUUUCGCUGUACUUUUGGCGGCGGAAGGAGGAGCACCUGGAGAACGGGAAUUUGGCUGAUGACGAGAAUGAGCAUGACGCUGCUGGUGACGACUUAGGCGAACCAGCUGCUCUGGUCGAUCAAGACGAGCAGGAUGAUGAACAAGAGGUCGGCCCCAUGGCCGGUCGCGGAGCAGGCAUAAUCAUAAUCGACGAGGAGGAGGUGGGCGACGAAGACGAAGAGGACGACGAUGACGAUGAGGAUCUGUCUGAAUCUGACUUCGAACAAGUAGGCGACGAACACGAGGAUGCUGACAUGGAGCAACAAGGCGACGAAGUUGAAGAUGAAAACGGCCAGACCACUGACGAAGGCAUAGCUGCUCCUGCACAAGAUGAACGACACAACCAUUCUACUAUUAAUAACGGGCCGCGGGAGAACGAUCAGGAGCUGCUUGCCAACCAGAGCAACGCAGCGGCAGCUGGAACAGGGGAUCAUAAUCAUGUCAACAGGGCGGGAUGGGGAUCCUCCGUCGAGCUACAACCGCAAGGGGACGUCGAAGACCAUCACGAACUACAUCAUGUUGGAGUUUCUAAUCCGCAAAGAACCAGAGUCGGUCAACAAGAACACGACGAGGACACCAAGAAAGACGACGUAUGCGUAGGCGGAACAGGCCCGGGUCUCGCGGCGCAGCACCACACUGGAAAUGCCAAAGAACAAGAUGUCGAAAUGCAAGGCCAAUCCACCACGGGCCCCGCGGCGGCACUGCAGCCGCAAGACGGAACCAGCAGAGGCAAAAAUUCCGAAGAUGUUGGCGGCUCUGUGUCCUCAAGCUCUACUUCAGCGAGGGAAUCAACAACACGACAGAGCGCCUCUGUUGUUCCUCCUACUGCUGCUGCCAUGCUCCUAGGUCGUGAAAGCGAGCAAGAACAAGCAAGACAGAGUUUGCUUUCCGCUGUACUUGGAACAAAUGAAAACAGCGCACUCAGAGCUCCCGAUGGAACCGACUCUAGUAAUCACAAUGAGAAUACUGAGAUGACUGGUGGGGAACAAGACGAGCCGGCUGCACCAGCUCGGGGCAGAGUGAACAACUUGACGCGGGACUUGCUCGCGCUGCAGCGUAAAAGCUGCUGGCCUGUGGAGGUGGAGUUGGAUCCCUUGUCGGGUAAAGUCUCCGAUCGCUGUCUUCGCCAGGUGAUCAUGCCUUACCUGGACAGGGAGAAACCAAAAUUUCUGCUCACCGAUUUUUAUGACUUUGACGGCAUCAUCAAGAACUGCCCGAGGGAACCGUCAAUCGACGAUGAAGCUGGUGGCGCAGUUGUUUCUCGCGUCAACAUCGACGGAUGUGUAGUUGCAGUUCCUGCACGAAAAAAUCAAACCACUACAACUUCCAGCGUAGUUUCUGGCGAGGUCAAAAGUGAUGUUAUCUUGAGUGGAGGUAAUGCCUCCACCGGGCCCGGUCAAAGCGAAGCCAGGCCGACACGAGAGACUACGGGAGUAGAGGAAAAAGAAAAUACGUAAGAUGCAAUUACAGGGCGAAGACUGCGACAGCUGGCCAGCUCUUAUCUGCAGCUAAAACCAAUAGAUGAAAGUCGCGGCUGUAGGAGCCUUCUGCCACUUGUUUGGAUUCUUAUUCUUUCCGAAGGCGAAGUAGAACAGUCGAGAAGAUGCAACAUAACCGAUGAAUGAAAUCCAGUAGAAUCAUAAAUUAGACGCACAGAAGUCUAGAAGGACUAUGGGCUUCUGCAAAGCCUGAAAACAACCAAAAAGAAAAAUAUCAAAUGCAUUCUUAGCAUCCAGGAUGGCGGGCUUGGGUAUGAUGACUGAGACUGGGAGCAGUCCCAGUCCUUUUCUGCUUCAACAUGGUUUUUGAUGUAGAAAAUGAAAUUAGAAGACUUGGACAAUCCAACAUUGGAUUAUUUCUACCCUCUAGUGAUAAUUAAUAUUGAAUUUUCCUACGUUUAAGUGUAUUCGAAAAAGCAAAAACAAUGUUCAAACUAGCGACUAGUUUUGAUUUUGUAGCGAACAUCCAACAGAUACAGGUUUUUUAGCGACAAUCAGGUUCCAAUUUCAUACUGCUGUAAUGGGAGGGUCAGAUGCGCUUAGUAUUCAACGACUUUCCGUUGUUGCGGACGCGGAAUAUAUUAAAUGGCUUUGGCUUCUAACUCCAUCAGAAUUCAUUGUUUUUGUAGUGCAUCGAACUCUCAUCUGGGCUUAGCUUUUUCCUUUUUUCAUCUUUCGGCAUGCGCAUUCAUUUUGCCAGAAAUAGCAGCUGCGCAUAACCUUUUGCUGGCACCGUGACGGAACAUCGAACGACUUGCUCAUGUUCUGUGAACGCCAACGCGGCGACUCGCCUUUCGAAUUUCACUCCGCCGAACGUAAAAUGUAUCUUCAAAGAAAACAUUUCUUUCAGCGCUCCCUCGGUAGUAGAGCCAUGUUGUAUUUUUAUGUGAGUAGUUCUAGUUGUACGAGAUCGCAUCGAGAAAAAGGUGGAAAUGGGACCACGAUGUGUAUCUUCGUCAGUGCGUAGCUUGCUUGUUGUCGCAUAUUCUUCGUCCUCGCGGCGUGCUCGCGCUGCUGCCUGUCACCAUCCAGAGCAGUCGCAGCGCAGGCAAGAAAUGAAAAUUCAAAAUUCUUGUUCAUUUGUGCACGUGCAGUACAUAUCUCCUACAUGAUCUACUUCAGUUUAGAUAUGGCUCAAACAUGUGCUCACUGCGAAUAUUGCAUUGUGCUCACUGCGAAUAUUGCAAGUGAUAAAAGCUUUCAGUUAUUUCAAUUUUUUGAAACACGACCGUUACGGCUACGUACUCC